GCACGACACAGAACAUGAGCCUUUGACCUUUCAGAAUAGUUUUCCUGCUUGCUUUGGCUUCUUGCGAACCUAACACUGAUGCAAAAGCUGAGAUCUCAUAAAAAGACCUAUGAGCAAAGUACUAGAACCCUUGAAAAAGGAGUACCAUCUCACUCUCAGCUGACACAGCUGGGGAGGCUGAGGAAGGCAGAAGACGCAGACAAGAGGCAGAUCUCGAUAAAAUGGAGCUUGAGGAUGAUAUAACCAAAGAUCACAGAAGAUAUUCGGAGGAGAUGUCUUUAAAACCAGAAGCUUACGUGGAGAAAAAAACUGUCUUUAAAUACAAAGUCAUCUGUGCUGUUCUGCUGUGUGCUUUGGUGGCUGUAUCCCUGGGACUAGGUUUAGGACUAGGACUCAACCGUGGCAAGCAGGAACAAGCCAGCUGCAGACACAGGUGCAGUGAGCCACACGGGAAAGGUGUGCCUGGCUGCCAGUGUGACAGCAGCUGCAAGGAGCGUCAGGACUGCUGCUGGGACUAUGAGGACACCUGUGUGGAGCCAACCCGAUCUUGGAAGUGCACUAAUUUCCGUUGUGGUGAGACAAGAAUACCUGGAAGUUACUGUUCUUGUUCUGAUGACUGCUUGCAGAAAAAAGACUGCUGUGUAAAUUACUACAGCAUUUGCAAAGGUGAAACAUCUUGGGUAGAAGAACCAUGCAUGUCAAUUGAAACUUCUCAGUGUCCAGCUGGAUUUCCUCACCCACCACUUAUCCUUUUUUCAAUGGAUGGAUUUAGAGCAGAGUAUUUGGAAACUUGGAGUUCUUUGCUGCCAAAUAUUGAAAAACUCAAAAUGUGUGGCACACAUUCAAAAUACAUGAGAGCUGUUUACCCCACAAAAACCUUUCCAAACCACUACACUAUUGUCACAGGAUUGUAUCCAGAAUCUCAUGGUAUCAUUGAUAACAACAUGUAUGAUGUAGGCUUGAACGCGCAUUUCUCACUUUCAGGGGAGGAAAAAUUCAAACCUGCAUGGUGGAAAGGGCAACCAGUCUGGCUGACAGCAAUGUACCAAAAUUUGACAGCAGGCACCUUCUUUUGGCCCGGCUCUGAUGUUCCAAUUGAGGGAACAUACCCCACCUUGUACACCAUAUACAAUGGUUCAAUUCCAUAUGAAGAGAGAAUUUCAGGAAUACUGAAAUGGCUUGAUAAUGACCAACCUAAGAGGCCUGAUAUAUACACUUUAUAUAUUGAAGAACCAGAUUCUUCUGGACAUUCAUUUGGACCAGUUAGUGCUGGUGUAAUCAAAGCCUUACAGGCAGCAGAUCAAGCACUGGGGAUGCUAAUGGAUGGACUUAAACAAAGAAACCUGCACAAGUGUGUAAACCUCAUUGUUUUAGCUGAUCAUGGGAUGGAGAAGACCUACUGUGAGCAGUUAGAAUACAUGACUAAUUACUUCAAAGAGGUGGAUUUCUACAUGUAUGCUGGGCCUGCAGCUCGCAUUCGAGCACAGAAUGUUCCAGACAACUAUUAUACCUUUGACUCAGAAGGAAUCGUUAAAAACCUCACAUGCAGAAGAUCCCCUCAGCACUUCAAGCCCUACCUGACCCCUGACUUGCCCAAACGAUUCCACUACGCUAACAACGUGCGCAUUGAUAAAGUUCAUCUUUUGGUGGAUCGACAGUGGCUGGCUGUGAGAGAUGAAAGUUACACAUUUUGUGGUGGAGGUGACCAUGGCUAUAACAACGAAUUUAAAAGUAUGGAGGCUAUAUUCUUAGCAUAUGGCCCAAACUUUAAAGAGAAAACAGAAGUGGAUGCUUUUGAAAACAUUGAGGUUUACAACCUUAUGUGUGUAAAUAAGGCAAGCUCAUCUCAUUUGCCAUAUGGGAGACCCAAAGUUCUUCAGAAGGAAAAUGUCUACUGCCUCCUUUCCCAUCAUCAGUAUGUGAGUGGAUACAGCUCUGAUAUCUGGAUGCCACUGUGGACUGCAUACACUGUGAAUAAGCCUGAAAACACAUCUCCUCUUCCUCCCACUGUUUCAGACUGUCUGCGGGCUGAUGUUAGAAUCCCUGCUGCUUGGAGCCAAAAUUGUUCCGACUACCCAGAAGGGCUGACCUUGACCCACAGUUUCCUCUAUCCUCCCAACUACAAUUCAUCUGUUCUUGAACAGUAUGAUGCCUUACUCACCAGCAAUAUUGUUCCCAUGUAUAAAGCUUUCAAAGAAAUAUGGGACUAUUUCCAUGAUGUGCUUCUUCAGAAGUAUGCUAGAGAAAGGAAUGGAGUAAACGUUAUCAGUGGACCAGUGUUUGAUUACAAUUAUGAUGGCCAUUUUGACAGCCCUGAAGAAAUUAAGCAGUAUGUAAACAAUACAAAAAUCCCUGUCCCAACCCAUUACUAUGUGAUUCUGACAAGCUGCAAGAACACAUCCUAUACUCCACUGAACUGUUCAGGGUCCUUGGAUGCUUUGUCUUUUAUCAUUCCUCAUCGACCUGACAACACUGAAAGUUGUGCUGAAAAUAAGAUGCCUUCUGAAUGGGUUGAAGAAAGAGUUCAGGCUCAUGCUGCACGUGUUCGGGAUGUGGAGCUGCUGACUGGGCUUGACUUUUACCAGGAAAGAAAUGAAUCUGUCUCUGAGAUCUUGCGGCUAAAGACAUUUUUGCCAAUAUUUGAGAUUGAAAGUAACUGAUUAUCUUUGAAAAAUGGAUCAGUGCUUGGAAGAAGGAAAAAUUCAGUGAUUUCACUUAUUUUCUUGCUUAAGUAUGUGGGAGUAUUUUUCAAAUUUGUGUUUUUCAGUCAAGUGUUUUGU